AUGGGAUUAUGCAAAUUCAGAAGUCUCGUUGAGUUGGGACUCCGAGGAAAUCGGUUUUCUGGCCCUCUUCUGGAAUGUAUUGGCAACUUGACCAACCUCCAAGUUCUUGAUCUGUCAUUCAAUCAGUUGAGUGGCAACUUUCAAUCUGUUGUUUCUAAACUCACAUCCCUCAAGUAUUUGCUUCUUUCUGGUAAUGAGUUUGAAGGCUUAUUCUCAUUUUGCGCUUUGGCUAAUCACUCUAAGCUUGAGGUAUUUCUACUCUCUUCGGGAAGUAGGAGGUUAGAAUUGGAAACAGAAAAUCCUACAUGCUUUCCUACAUUUCAACUCAAGUACGUUGACUUGUCCAAUUGCAACUUAAAUGCGAGAACUAGAGCAAUUCCUAGCUUUCUUCUCAACCAAUAUGACAUACGCUUCAUUGAUCUCUCUCACAAUAUGCUGUUUGGGACGUUCCCCUCUUGGAUCUUACAAAAUAACUCCAAGUUACAAGUUAUGAAUUUGAUGAACAACUCAUUUACGGGAACUUUUCAUCUACCAAAUUACAAGCAUGAUUUGCUUAAGUUUGAUAUUUCGAGCAACAACAUCACUGGUGUGCUGCCUAAGGAGUUUGGUUUGGUCCUCUCAAAUCUAUUAUAUAUAAACAUGUCAAGAAAUAAUUUCAGCGGUAAUGUUCCUUCUUCAAUUAGUGAGAUACAAGAACUAAAUACUCUGGAUUUAUCCCAUAAUAAACUCUCAGGAGAGUUGCCGGAAAGUCUAUUUGCAAAUUGUACCAGUUAUUGUACACUGAUUCUAUCAAACAAUAAUCUUCAGGGGAACAUUUUUCCUCAAAAUAUGAACUUGAGAAGCUCGAUGACAUUGGAUAUGAAAAACAACAACUUUAGUGUGAUGACAGGCGUAGACUUCUUGGACAGCUCUUUGCUAUCCUUUUUGGACAUAUCCAAUAAUAAGGUAUCGGGUCCAUUUCCCAGACAACUAUGUAAUAUGAGUAGUCUUGGAUUUUUAGACCUCUCAGAAAAUAGGUUAUAUGGGCCUAUGCCUUCUUGCUUCAAUGCUUCAUUAUUACGCUUCCUGUUUUUAAAAAAGAACAGUCUAAAUGGAUCCAUACCCCAUGUGCUUCUUAGAAGUCCUAAGUUAGUGGCACUUGAUGUGAGGGAUAAUAGUUUUUCUGGAAAUAUUCCAUCUUGGAUCAGUCAGCUCUCUGAAUUGCGUGUGCUUUUAUUGGGAGGUAAUGAAUUGCAUGGCAGUAUUCCUAAUCAGCUGUGUGAAUCAAGAAAUGUGAGUAUCAUGGAUCUUUCAAGUAAUUUACUUUCAGGUUCCAUACCUUCAUGUUUUAAUAAUAUAUCUUUUGGGAAUAAUAUAUCAUUUAGAAUGAUGGGAGUCAAUUAUUUUUACUCUAUGAAUGGACAAAUUGAGAUCAUUUGUGCUCCAAUAGAUGGUACUAUUUACCAGUAUCUGCCUUGUGUAUAUUGGGAUUCUUCAGAAUAUGUGGAAGUGGAAUUUGCAAUGAAAUAUAGAUACAACUCUUAUAGGGGUGAUAUUAUCAACUUGAUGGCAGGAAUAGAUUUAUCAUGCAAUGAGUUAAGUGGUAGAAUUCCUCAAGAAAUUGGAGACCUGCAUGGAAUUCGGUCAUUGAAUUUGUCUAACAAUCACUUAACAGGAUCUAUACCAGUCAGUUUUUCAAAUUUAAGGAAUUUAGAGAGCCUAGAUCUUGGCAACAACAGUUUGAAUGGUGAAAUUCCUAGUGAACUAGUUAUGCUGACCUUUUUGGAAACUUUUAAUGUUUCAUACAACAAUUUCUCUGGUAGAGUUCUUGAUAAAGGGCAAUUUGGGACUUUUGAUGAAAAUAGUUACAAAGGUAACCCCGGCCUUUGCGGACCACUCAUUCAUCGGAGCUGCAGUACUGAUGAAACUCCACCACCAUCACCAUCUAUUGAUGUAGAAGAGGAAGAUGAAGGUGGUAUUGAUAUGUUGGAUCUCCAUCAGAAUCAAUUUUCUGGGCCUCUUCCAGAAUGUAUUGGCAACUUGACCAACCUUCGAGUCCUUGAGUCAUCGUCCCAAUGUAAUAGUCGUCCUAUUAAUGAGAUUGUACAGAUUGGUGAGGUGGACGUUGUAGAUGCUGGGCUCGAAGAAAGUGUGGCUCUUUCUCCUAGCAAUGGCAGGCGCAACUCCCCUUUUGUCAACUCCCAAUCCGAGGAUCCCCUUGCAUCUUUGCCAGUUUUUGGGCCUAAUACAGAGAACCUCAUGCUGUCUCCACUUAACCUUGGAAAUUUAGAAUUCUGCAGUCUGAAUCGUAGCCCAACCUCCUCCUUAUCUUUGGAACCAAAUCCUCUAGCCCUUGUUCCCUACAAAAACCCAACCCAUAUUCCCCCUACAACCUGGUCUAAGAAGUUGCUUAAGCUUUCUGGGAUUUCCGAACAAAGAAGGAAAUGUAAAUUGAUCAAUGAUCUAAUGGAAUCUUGCCCCAAGUUGUAUGAAGGGGGUAAAAGAAGAAAGGAGAGGAAGACUAUUCAGAAAAAGCAAUUGAAGGAUCGAACAUCUCCAGAUCACUCCAAGAGCUUAAACCAGAUUUUGUGGAGAAAUGUGGCAUAUACAGUCUCAUUGCAAGAAGAGGAAUGUGUGCAAUUACUGAAGAAGAAGGGACAUGUGAUACUUGAGUGUCGUCUCCUGCAAAGGAACAAACACAACCAAGCUGCCUUAUUCACUUCAAAUGGACCUGCAGAGCAAGAAGUGCCCAAUACCACUAGUAUCAAUCUCACUCAAGAUGCUAUACAACAAAUGAUUCAAUCUACUUUACAAUCAGCUCUUCUAGGUGCUAUAUCCUCUGCUUUCUCCGCUGCUGGUUUAUUAGGUAGAAAAACUCAAUCAUCUCCUUAGUUUCUUGAUUCCGGAGCCUUUAAUCAUGUCUAGUAAA